AAUGACAAUGGGACCCCCUAAAAAUUGGUCAAAAAAUGACAGAUUUUUGACAGGAUCGGAUUUUGGUUCGGAUUGAAUCAAAAUCCGAUCUUCUCAGAGGUGAGCGAAUCAAUAGUGAGAAAGCCAUGAUGAGUAGCCAUAGUGAAUUAUCGAAAAAAAGCCAAAUCUCACGCCUUUCAAUGUGCGUUUUUGUUUCGUGUGGCCAUGGCUGCAUAUACGUCAUAUCUGUUGUACCUGUGGUGUGUGUUGUGUGGUAUUGUGUGUCGGUGUGAAUUUUGUGCAGCGUGUGGAAGUUACUGGUGGAAAGUGGGUGGAAGGGACAAUGUGUAAACUUUUAUUGUGUUGAAUUUAACCGCGGUGUGGCUGGUGUCGAUCCAUGUGCUGGUGUUCAUCAUCCCGGGUGUGCUGUACAUAGGCUAUUCCUCGCGCGCUAGGACGAUGCAGUUACAAAGCAGCAAAAUGCGGCGCUCAAUGAACGACGGUAGUGCGGUAAAAUCAUGCAUAGCCUGUUACGCGGUAAGGUGCUUUUUGAAGCGUUUGUUUUAGAUUUCUGCUCUGAUUUUAUAGUUAGUAACAAAGAUCAACCUUGGCGCAGGGUUUUGUGGUCAGACGAGUCCAAAUUCAAUCGACAGGGGUCGGACGGACGCAGGUUGGUUCGGCGCCCUGUUAAUUGUGCUCUUGAUCCGAAGUACUGCUUCAAAGCUUUGAAGCAUGGCGGUGGUAGUCUCAUGGUGUGGGGAUGCUUCUCCUACUAUGGGAUGGGUCCGUUGGUUCGAAUCCACGGUAAUUUAAAUCGUUUUGGCUAUCGAGACAUUCUUGAUACUCAUUUGCUAUCUCAUGCUAGGAACAACCAUCCUCGGUCUUGGAUGUUUAUGCAAGACAACGAUUCUAAGCAUACUGUAGGGAUCGAGAGCAGCAAGGAAAAUAAAUAUAUAUCAUAGAUUCGAAUAAAGCAAGUAAUAAUCAUUUAAUGAUGAUCAGAUAAUCAGAUAAGAACAUACAAAUAUAAGUUUUUUAAGUAGAAACAUGAAAACAGUUAAGAUAGAAUAGCGAUUAACGAAAAGUAUCGGCGCAUUCAAAAUAAAAAUCAGGCUAAUCGCAGAGAGAGUGAGAUAGCGAGAGGCGAUACAUCCGUUCGUAUGGAAGUGUCAAAAUAGGAGGCUUUUCGAGGAGAGGAGGAGAAUCGUCAGUCUUGUGAUUGAUCCCAGAUGACAAUCGGACAGCAUCUCACUAUAGCGAGCCCGAUGACAGCUUGACGUUUUCAUACUGAGACGCUGCCUUUGGCUGCCUCCCCCGUACUGAGCGAGCAUUGUCUUUCUCAUCGCCAUGGUGAGCUGCAGAGGUUUGUAUGGUGAGCAUUCUGGCUAGCGCCAAAUUUUCUCAUGAGACGAUCUGGCGCGCUUCAUCGAUCGGAUGAGAUGCCUUACAACAUGAUAGUGAGGUCGGAUUUUGGAUCGGCUGCCGAUCUUGCUCAUACGGAAGAUUUAGUCGUCGAAAGUGUUCCCGAAAAAGUUAAAGCGAAGUGGAGAGCUUUAUAAAAAAGCCGCGAAACUGGAAGAGCAGUUUGAAAAGGAGUGGGCAUUGCAAAAUGAUCCUGCCGGACCCAGCAGCCAGCCAGCAGCUCAGCAAUCUGCCGAGGAUGUUGCUAUGAAUGAACCCUGUGAAGGUCCUGUGGCAUCAAUGGAAGAGGAGUAUUUGGACGAAAACAAUACAGAUGACGAACGUGCUAGCGAUGAAGGAUCCAUCCACAACGAAGAUACUGAUGGCGAAGAGUAUUUAGAGGAAGAGUAUUUGGAGGGAGAGUUUUUGGAGGCAGAGUUUUUGGAGGAGGCGAGCCUGGAAACUGAUCCAGAAAGCGCGAAGCUACGAGACUCUUUGCGAACAUGGUUUAUUCGCAAUAAAGUUGCUCGUAGCGGGAGUAAUAAUUUACUAGGAAUACUGCGAAAAGCGUCUUCUCUUUCUGCUUUUUCAUCUCUUCCACAGGAUGUUAGGACAUUGCUGAAAGCUCCGGUUAACGCCAGCGAGCAGAUUACUAAGGUUCCAGGUGGAGGUGAAAUGUGGUACCAAGGCGUUAAAUGUUGUUUUCAACAUUAUUUUCGCGAUGUGGACGUACUAGAGGAUGUGUUUGAGCUGAAUCUUUCAGUGGACGGAAUACCAAUAUAUAACCGCAGCGCAAUACAGAUGUGGCCUAUACUAAUGCAGUUGCACAAUAUGCCGAAUGUUCCUGUUAUGGUGGUUGGAAUAUUUUGCGGCACUUCUAAACCAAACGAUGUUGAGCCUUUCCUGAGACCUUUGGUGGAGGAACUAAAUAGGCUACAUGAUCACAAAAUGAACUUUAACGGCAAAAAAAUAACUGUUUCGGUUAAAGUCAUAAUCGCUGACUCGCCUGCACGCGCAUUUAUUAAACUUUGCUACUACAACGGAGUACAUGGGUGUUUAAAAUGUAAAUGCUGUGGUACUUCCCUAAAAACACCAAAAAAAGUUAUUUUCGAGGAUACAACAGCUCCACCAAGAACAGAUAAGGAAUUUAGAGAAGAAAAACCCAGUUCUACAGGCCAUCGAAGAGGGAAAACCCCACUUACAGAUCUAAAAAAGUUCGACAUGAUAAAAGGUAUAGCUACUAGCGAUUUAUUACAUUUAAUACAAUUGGGUAUUGUUUUCAAGUUUCUGCUAGGCUGGGUCGAAGGAGCUCUUGCCCCCUUUAAAAAAUGGUGCAAGGAAGACAUAGAUGAAAUAUCAGAAGAGCUUAUAAGUAUACUGCUGCCCACAGAAAUUCAUAGGAAGUUUAGGUCUCUUAAUUAUCUUCACCUUUGGAAAGGUACUGAAUUCGGUAGUUUUUUACAUUACGCAGGUAUAGUGGGAGUAUGCCGGUACAUUGUUGAGGAAAUUUGUUGAGGAUUAUAGUGUUGUGUAUGAUCGCAUACAUCUAGUGAGUAAUGUUCAUCUCUUGCUUCAUGUAUACGAAGAGGUUAACAAUUUAGGCCCUCUGAUUACUUUGUCAACACAUUCCUGUGAAAAUAUGUUACAAAUAAUCAAACAUAGUUACGUAAAAUCUGGCUACCGAAGUUUGCAUCAAGCGAUAGGAAAAAUUAUAUUGUUGCGAGACAUAGACACUGCAGCACAAAGAAACCAGGAAAGUAUGACGUAUCCUACACUUAAAGUAAAAAAGGAUGAGACAAUUUUGCAAGUUAGGCAAGGAUUUUUGUUAAGGUAAAAUUUUAAAGAUUCUUGGUUUUUAACAAAAAGAAAUAUCAUAGUUAAGUACGAAAAAGCCAUCGAGGAAUCAGGAUCAGUCGUUGUACAUGGGUAUCCUUUGGUAAGACGUUUUCAAGCCUUUACUACUCCUAUUGCCUCCGAUAAAAUCUAUAACUAUAUUGGAUACGAAAACGACAUUUCAACAACGCUUCGAACUAUUCCAAUAACUGAUAUUAAAUGUAAAAUGGUAGCAAUUAAGACAAUACGAACAGGGGCUAAAGUACAUUUUACGCCAUUGAUACAUACCUUAACAUAAAAAGCCUUGGUUAGGUUAAUACGGUUAAGUAGGUUAAAUAGGUUAGGUAGGUUAGGUAGGUUAGGUAGGUUAGGUAGGUUAGGUAGGUUAGGUAGGUUAGGUAGGUUAGGUAGGUUAAGUAGGUUAAGUAGGUUAAGAAGGUUAAGUAGAUUAAGCUAUAGAUCAUAAGCAACCGAGUAGACCCAGUAUAAGGUCGGACUUAAUCCAGAGGCAGAAUUAAAUUCUCUGUCUCAAAUUUGUUGUAAGAUUAGUUUAAUGAUAGUAGAAUAUAAGGUGUAUAUUUAAAAAUAUAAUAUAAGUACAUGUAAGUUUAUGUGUUCAAAUCAA